AAAUACAGUAAUGUGAGCCAAUACCUCCCUCUCAGCCUAAUCACCCUGAUCCAUUGAGCUUAUUGACUUGACUUGACAUUUGAACUCUGAACCUAGUCUGGCACUUGACUGCUCCUUCUCCCCCAGGGAGCCACCACAGUUAAGGCACUACCCUCCCAUUACCUCCCUGUUAUUAGUUCCGGUCUUAGAGAAGAAGUAAAUACAUUUAUUUAUUUCAUAAAAUUUAUACAAACCUUGAUUGUAAAAAGCCUCCAAGUGGUUUUCAAAAAAUGAGUAAGACUCGUUACCCGGAGGCAGCAUCUACUCAGUGUAAGUGACCAUCCCCACGGCUGUUUUAAGGCAUCCAUUCCUCUUAACCUUGGGGAAAACUACAAAUAGGGGUUUGGUGGUUGUCUUUUGCUCAUUAGUGUCUUGAAAAUACUUAUCGCUCUGACCUCAUGUUUCUCGUAAACGUUGCUUGCAAAUGGGUUUGGAUGGAGUAAGGAAUGUAAAGAUAAUUACAACCCGGCGUGGAAAAUGGGACUGUAAUCUCUCUGCAACAUUUAACAUGCCCCUUGUUGAGUGGGUAAUUGUGUCGGGGACUCGGGAGAAUUGCAUUUGCGUAAUCAAGACAUCUCCUGGGACUUAAAUUGCGGAGUGUUGCUCGUUUAGUCAUUUAUUUCUCAGGAGAGAUCCGCGAGGCUUAGCUGCCUUCGCUCUGCCAGAAGUCUGCAAUUGCGUUCAACUGAUCGCAUCUCGGCUUGAAAUGACAGAUCACAGCUCUCCUGACAUAGCAAGUGAGGUUUUGAAAGAGGGAUCUGGCUGAGCAGCGGACAGCAGAGUCAAUGGAGAUACAUUGGGAACUGAUGCUUGGAAAACCUGGGGAAAUCUGCUUGCCGCCGUGACGAAGACCACCCACCCACAGCCCCUGCUUGAUGUCAUUAGUUAGUGCUGUGCUAGGUGCUCUUUUCAGUUGCAGAAUUGAUUUUGCAAUGCCUCUUUGUGCAAAAACGCUAAGGGGGUGUUUUUCAGACUCUCGAGUCCACAGAUGGUGCAGAUCUUCAGCAACUGGCAAGGUUUGCGUGACUUCUGAACCGGGAUGCAGUGGGAUAGAGACAGUGUGAAAAUACUAAGGCUGACCCUCCAGAAUGACCUUCCUGGGGACAGGCGCGAUCAAGGAAAGCAAAAGCCGGUGGGAAGGGCCUUUGCCAUGGUGGCCAACCGGCCCACAAACAACCAUGCGUUGGCGUCGGAGUAUGUCAAGUCCAACGAGGGCGACGAGGAAAUCAUCAAGGUCUACCUCAGAGCCCGAGCUGAGGACAGGGCCCAGAAUGAAAAGAGCCUCCAUCAGCUGAAAAGUGACGGCUGUCAUCUCCAAGCGAAAACACUGGACAAGCCGAAUGGGAUCCGUCCUCACAGAACUACCUCAUUUCGCAGCAUGUCACUAUGCCAGGAUGAGCCGACGUACCCCGGAGAAGACAUCUCGAUAAUGCGGGAGACCACCAAGAAGCUGUUCACGAAACUGCAGGAGGCCGAGAAGCGGCACCAGUCGGACAGAGCCGCCUAUGAGACAUCCAUUUCCCAUUAUCGGAGGGAAGCCGAACAUUCGGGAGCAGCUCUCAGGAGGGCGGAGCUGGACUUGGAAGAGAAGGAUUUGAAGCUGGAGGAACUGCAGAGACUCUUGACAGGAAUGGAGAAGGAGCACAAAACUCUGCUGCAGAAGAUGAGAGAUGACGAGUCGGAGCUGGAGCAGCUGCGGAGCCUCGAGAAGGACAAAGUUGCUGAGCAGGAAAGAUCGGCCAAACUGGAGAAGGAAGUUGCCACUUUGCGGGAGAAGAUCCAUCACUUGGACGACAUGCUCAAGAGCCAGCAGAGGAAGGUCCGGCAGAUGAUUGAGCAGCUUCAAAACUCCAAGACGGUGAUUCAGUCGAAAGACACAAUAAUCCAAGAACUCAAAGAACGUGUGGCCUACCUAGAGGCUGAGAACCUUGAGAUGCACGACCGGAUGGAGCACCUCAUUGAAAAGCAGGCCCAGAGCUCCGGGGUCCACAAUGCAAGGCCCCGCUCCAAAUCAGAGUACGUCAGCAGCAAACGGCUCACCAAGUCUCUGGGCCCCAAACCUUUGCCUCUCAUCCGAGUGCUGGAAACAUGAACUCAAACUCCUCUCCCCCGCUCCCCGAAAAAGGAACCCUCUGCAAACUCGCCGGGCCCUUAGUCCGUUGCCAGCUGCUUCGCCCUUGCUGCUCGCUCCCCAGAGGCAACCAACUCCCUUGUAGCAUGCGGUGGGAUUAUCUGGGUAGCCCCAUCCGCCCAGCAGCAUGGCCUGCUUGAAGCUGCAAAA